UGAGCAACAUCAUCAGCAACAUCAGUCCAUCAGGAUGCAAACAGCUUGGAGAAAAGUUUGACUUUGGACUUAAUUGUAAUCACUGGUGAUAUAAAAGCACGCACUGUUAUCACGCAGGUCAGUCACAUGCGCGAGAUGGAGCCCAAGCUCAUCCUGCUUGUCGCCUUCACGGCAGGAACUCUAGCUGGGCCUAUCAUCCAGCGAGAUGCGAGAGACCCGUCGUCAUGUGCAAGUCAGUGCGCUGGAGCCACCAAGUUCAAGUACGCCGCGGGGUCAACGUACGAGUACACGUACCAGGCUGAUACACGGACGACGAUGUCCGGAGCAGCCGAGGACCACGCCGGGCUGAGAAUCAAAGCUGACGUCACCAUUGAAGUUUUGACCUCUUGUGAGAUGAUACUGGCGCUCUCUGGCGUGCAAGUGUUAAAGUCGGAUCCAGUGUUGGCACGGAGCAUGACAUCAGGAGACAACUCAGGUGACUUCAGACGGGCCCUGGAGGCCAACCCACUGCGGUUCUCCUUCCAAGAUGGCGUCGUCGAACAGAUCUGUCCUGAAGAUGACGACUCCACGUGGGCCCUUAACAUCAAGAGAGCCAUACUGUCAGCUUUCCAGAACUCCAUGGCAGACCUGGAGAGAGACCAGAGAGUGAAGGAGAGUGACGUGGCCGGCGAGUGCUUCACGGACUAUCGGGUCACACAGAGAGGUCGGACAACUUCCAUCAUCAAAAAGAGCAAGGAUCUGCAGGGCUGCGAAAACAGGCACGGCUACAAAACGUCCUUCCACUCUCUGCCAUACAAGAUGCCAAACGCCGUGCACUCCCUCCCCCUUCUGAAGAGCACCCACGAGUGCAGUCAGACUAUCAUGAGUGAGGGUAUCCUCCGGCGCUCCACCUGCAGCGAGACGCAUGUGUUCAGGCCCUUCUCUAAGGACAACAAUGGGGCUAUGACCGAGGCAUCACACACCCUGGAAUACAGGAGAACUCGACCUUACGUCCGCAGCCAGCAAGGCUUAGUAGCCAGUAGAAGCGCCCUGACCUUUGAACACACGUACGGCCUGCGUGACGAGGAGGUGAACCGUCAUGACGCAAGCACGAAGAUGCAAGAGCUGUGCAGGGUGACGGCGACGGACAUCCGCCCCGAGGUCCCCCAGAUGUUUUCAGAACUGGUUUACAUUCUGAAGAACUCCAACUUCCGGUCUCUGCGGGCUCUGUACAGACAGCUGAAAACCGGACACAUCUGCGGCAAAAACUCCAGGAUCGGAAAGAAAUUCUUCAUUGACGCUAUCCCGAUGAUCGGCUCUGUUGACGCCAUCAAGAUGAUGCGAGAACUGAUGACGGCGAAGGAUGUGGAUGAUACCCAGGCCGACAUGUGGUUGACUUCACUCGCCUUCAUACAACACCCAACAGUGGAGAUGAUCACAGAGGUCCAGCCGCUCAUGCUGACAUCACACUCAAAGAAGACGAAGAUCCUUGUGGCGGCCAUGGUGAACAACUUCUGUCUGAAGACUCCGGAAUGCACGAAGGUCCCAGCCGUCGACCGCAUCCUCUCCAUACUCGAGAAUGACAUCGGCAGAGGCUGUGUCGUGACGGAUAAGAACGACGAAGAUAUUCUCCUGACGCUUCGGGCUAUUGGUAACAUCGGAAAUGCUGAAAGGUUAUCUCUGGCUCUAGAACCUUGCUUCACUAGGGAGAAGAACACAAUGGAGAUCCGAGUUGCCGCCCUUGAUGCCUUCCGUCGAAUUCCUUGUGGUGCUGAUAGAAACAACGCUAUGCAGCUGUAUAUGGACAGUGAAUCUGACGCCGAGGUGAGGAUCGCCGCCUACUUGGUAGCCAUGCAGUGCCCUGUUGAAACGAUCCUGACACAAGUGCGUGCGACCCUGGAGGUGGAGAAGGCUAACCAAGUGGGGUCCUUUGUUUGGUCACACCUCAUGAACCUGCAGGAAACAUCCAGCCCCCUCAAGCAGCAGAUCCGCUACAUUCUGGAGGACGAGCAACUCUCGCGAGAAUUUGAUCUAGACAAGAGGAAGUUCUCCAGGAAUUACGAAGGCUCCUUUUUCUGGGAGAAGUUCAAUGCGGGUGCAAUGGUUGAGAGCAACUUGAUAUUUUCAUCCAAGUCCUUCCUUCCCAGAUCGGCCUCCGUUAACUUGACCGUUGACCUGUUUGGUCAAUCAGUCAACCUGUUUGAGAUGGGGGGACGUGUCGAGGGUCUGGAGAGUGUUUUGGAAUCUUUCUUUGGUGCAGAUUCCCCGACUGAUGUUGGUAGCAAGAAAAAGGGCUAUGAAGACUCCAGAUCAGUUCGUAAAGACAAGAUGGACAGAAUGAAACAGAAGUAUGCACAAGUGAAAGAUGACCUUCACGCCGCUAUGUUCCUGAGAAUCUUUGGUAACGAGUUGAGAUACAUGCACUUCGACUCAGACAGCUGGCCUCUUACCAAGGACAAGUUCAAUUUCCUUGACUUCUUAAUCAAGAUGUCAAAGGACCACGAUUAUUCGUUCACCAACAACCUCAUGUUCAUGGACAGCAGCAUCAUCGUGCCAACCUGUGCCGGGCUCCCCCUCAACCUCACUGUUCACGGAGCUGCCACUAUCAACAUGAAUGUCAAGGGCAAGCUAGAUCUACGCAACCUGGCAACAAAACCCACCAGCCUGCUUAUCGAGGGCCUCAUGCAGCCCAGUGGUGCCGUAGAGAUCACAGGGACGAUGACAGUUGAUGCCUUUGUGGCGAAGACAGGCCUGAAGAUGGUAUCCAGUGUCCACUCAAGUACCAGUCUCAAAGGCCGCGUGGAGCUGUCCAGAGGGCAGAUCUUCAACUUGGAGCUGGACUUGCCCCAGGACAAAAUGGAGAUCUUCAAUGUCAAGUCCACCUUCUUCAUGGUGCACGACAAGGUGGAGAAGGAGCAGAGGAUGAUUCAAGAGAACAGGAAGACGAGGAGGGUUUGUUCGGGAGACCGUCUGGCCAAGUUCACCGGGGUAGAACUGUGUGGAGAGAUCUCCUUCCCCAACGCAUCCAUGAUCACCGACUCGCCAUACUUCCCAUUCACCGGACCUGUUAGUUUCGGUUUAACACUGUCCAAGAAGGACACGCAUUCUGGAUACAAGAUGGUCGUCAAGAGCAUUUCUACACGGGACAAGUUAUUUGGCCAGCUAGGAUUUGAUACUCCUGGCUCCAGCGUGAAACGAGCCAUGUCUCUUGAUGUAGCAGUCAGCUACAAAGAGAAGGCAAUGGAAAUCGGACUUGUCUCCCCUUGGAAAAAAGCUACAUUUACAUCGUCUCUGGUGGACAGCGUCAACAUGAAGCAGCUCAAGGGGACCCUCCUCCUUGACCAGAAGGAUAUGUACGGCCUUGACACCCAGGUCAGGAUCAGCAAGAAGGGAAGUCAGGUGACGUACCUGCCCACGGUUGAGUUGCGGAGACUGAGUAACACACAGCAGAUUCUCACUGGCUCCAUCACCAGGGACGGCGUUCAGAAGAUCGAUAUCGACCUCACUACAGACAUCAUCACAGCAGAGCCGGCAAAUGUUAAAGCUGGCUACGUCAACACAGAGGCCGAGAAGACCUUGAGCGGAUCCUACAAGUACAAAAAGGAUGAGUAUAUGUUCCUUGCACGAGCUUUGAUAGCAAACAGCGGGAAAGCAACCACACGCAUCGUGCCCACCCUUGUCAUCAGUAUGCCAAAGAGAGAGAUUAUCAACCUGAAAGGAUCAGCCGAGUACAAAACUAGAAAGUCCUUCAAGGUAGACACAGUGGUCCGGAUGGAACCGAUCCUUCAGAAUCCCUUCAAAUUCAAGGCUAACUUGGUCCGAUCUGAGAACAUGAAGAGAAAGAGGCUCAGACGGUUUAAGGGCAGCGCCCAACUCACCUCGGAUUUCAUCACUCUGAAGAUGAGCUCCACCUUGGAGAAGAGGGGCAAAGGGACCAUGUCCAGCCAGUUGGUCCUCGACUACACUCUCCCUAAAAUCAAGAAACAAACAAUUACUUUCAGCAGCAAGUUUAUUGACAGAAGCACGAAGACGUCAAAGACAUACAAGCUUAAUAGCAACUUGGAUGUGAAACAGAACAAGGAAUACAACAUGAUCCUAGAUGUGGGCGUGAACAGCAUGUCUCGCCACAAGGAGUUCGAGAUGAAGUUCCGGCACGGGGCAACUGUACGUGACAUGAAGGACAAGAGGAAGGAGUUAAGCCUACUUGCUUCUGUGGACCACAAGGUCGCUUCCUCUGGCAGCCCUGCAUCUAUUGACUAUAAUGUCAAAGCCGUCUACCCUCCCAAAGAUGUGAACAUCCAUGCUAAGGGUCAUCACAGUCAUGACAAGAGGAACCUGGCCUCCUCCCUGUCCGUGUCCUAUGGCAAGAAACAGAAUCUAAACACAGCCUUCAAACUUCGAGAUCGCACUCGCAACAAACUGCUCAACUUAGAGGGUUCAUUUACCCUCGCCUACCCUGGACGUGACAUAGAAUUUGUCAGUAAUCUCACACAGAAAAGCCGCUCUAAAUACCUACACAUCACAAAUCUGAAUCUGCAGAAGGGACAAAAGUCUACACUCGUGACGUCUUUUGAGAGACCUACGUCAAACAGCGUUGAGUUAUCAAGUGAAGCAGUUAUCCAUGGAUAUGAGCCUGUACGUUUUGAUGGAUCUGCAAAUCUUAACUGGAAAAAUCUUAAACUCUCAGGGAAGGUAACCAGGAAAGGUGACGUCUAUGGGUUAACAGGGGAGUCUGUUGUCAAUACAAAACAGAAGAAUGGUAAAUGGAAGCUGGUGGUAGACUACCUCAAGAAACAGGUCACAAUCACAGCGAACGGUGGAAAAUACGGUGAUAAAUAUAAAGCGGCCUUUGACACUGAAUUAAAUGGAGAGACUGCUGCUAGGCCGAGGUAUUCUGGAUCGGUUCUAUUCCAUAACAAAGGUGGGGCCAACAGGAGAAUGGGAGGAAACUUUGAAUUUAGAAGUCCUAUUGAGAAUUAUGAAAAGAUUGCUGGAGACUUCGACUAUUCCAACGACAGGAAGGACGUCAGUGUUAAGGGCUCUGCAGGGUAUGGGCGUAAACAGAUAUCAGCCACUGCAAGUAUGGACAAGCCUUUCACAAUAACAAACUUGGGUCUCAGCUUUGCUGCAACAACACCAUUCAAGGGAUUAGAAGCCAUUGAGAUGAAUGUCAUCAAUAAGUUUGAUAAAACACUACUGACUCAAGUCAGGUAUGUUGUUGGGCCUCACAAUGCUGACAUAAAGUUUAAUGCUGAGUAUGCUGUCACAACUCUCAAAAGAGACAUCCAGGCAGGGAUUGUAUUUAAGUCCAGUCAACGUGCAUACAGAAUUGUAUCUGUCACCAUUGAACACAGUGACGAUGGGCAUACAUAUAGUAAAAGCAAAGUGAAAUAUAAUGACAAUGGAGACAUGUACAAAGCAGAAUUCGACAUGAAUGCUAUAAAUACGAGAAUAAAUUUCAAUGGAAAUGGUAAACUUGUCCUCACAUCUCCAAAUCACAAGAUAACUACGACCCUUCAUCAUGAGCAUCGCCCUUAUGCUCUAAGUACCGUUUUUAACACCGAUUGGGGCAAAGGACAGAAGAUUCGUGUUGAUGUCAGCGCUGACUAUGAAAAGAUAGUCAACACCAAGGUGAACAGCGCAGUAAUUAUCCAGACACCUUGGACACCAGUUAAUGAUGUAGAUGUUAACCUUAGCUACGAACAAGGAAAAGGAUAUCUCAAGCUGCAUACAUUAGCUAAGAGUGACAGACAAACUCUGGUCCUGCUUGACUCUAAUUACCGAAGAAAUCACGGUCUUGCUGAGUUUGAUGUCAGCCUAACUGGGUCACUGCUAGAAAAUGACAUCAUAGGUAAAGUGAAUGUGAAUGAAUAUGAGAGUAAUCCAAAGAGAGGACAUGCAGAAUUCCAGUGGGCAAGAACUCAGAAGAUAUCAAUGGAUGUGUACCUUGAUUUGCAGACUGCUGUUCACAGUGUUGACUCCAGUGUUAGGAUCACGACACCAUUCAAGGAUGCAGGAAAUAUCGUUUUAAAGUUAAAGAACAAAAAACGAAGUGGAGAAUACGUAUCCAAACUAACACUAGAGUAUGGCCUUGGUAUGUUCAUUACAGGAGAAACUCAUGUUAACCUAGACAACUUGAAGAAUUUCAGAGUAAGUAUCGACUCUUCCUUCCCAAAGAUGCAACAUUUUGAAAGUGGAAUUGAAAUGUCUGGAUCAGUUAAGAAGGUCGCCAAAGUUUCCGCCGAUGUUGAACUGCGGCCAUUGAUGGGGAAAGUGGCAGCAGAAGCCAGCUGGAACCUUGUUAAACAGCUCAGUUGUGCGUUCAGGUUAGACACACCCUUCAAGCAGUUCAGAUACCUUCAGGUGACAGGUAGCCAUCUCACAAACAGACGUGACAAGAUGUGUCAGUUGAAAAUGGAAUAUCAUCCCAGCAAAGUCAUCGUCCUGAACACUACAUAUCAUAUCAAUUCUAUUACUGAUUUUGCACUUGACACGGCCCUUGUUACCCCCUAUCCUAAGUAUGGGAAGUUUGAAGCUGAGAUAUCUUUCAAGAAACCAGGCAUUGCAAUGGAGGGACGAGCAUCUUUGAAGACUCCUUUUGAAAAGUACAGAGUUAUUUCAGCUAAUUUUAACCAUGCCAUGACCAGGCAAAAUAUUCAGACCCACGUUGAGGCAAGUUACGGACCAGGGAGGAAGAUUGAAUCAGACCUGUAUCUGAAUUUGAAUAAUGGAGUUGGUGGCACUGUAACACUCCACUCACCAUUUAAGGGGUUUGAGACCAUCAGAGUAACCCUUAAUCAUCAAGGUAAAACAUGGAGGGAUUUCACAUCUAAGACAGAAGUCCAGUAUGCCAAUCAGCGAAUUGAGGGAGAUGUUUCAUUUAGACAUGAUUCUAAAACAGUUGGAUCCCUUUUCGUGAAGACACCAUUCCCAGGAUUUGAAAACAUAAAUGCCAAGAUAAAUAGAGAAGGUACGAUUAACGACUUCAAAUUGAAGGGAAUCCUAACAUAUGGCACUAAGAACCAUGAAGGUGCACUUCAGUUUGCAAUGAAAGAUGACCGUUUUGGAAUUGCGUCUGUGCUGAAGUCACCAUACCUUGAAGACAUGAAAGUAACCUAUAUGAUGAAUGGUAACUGGACAGACUUCUCAACCAAAUCAGAAGUGGCUUAUGGUUCAGCCUACAAGCUUGACGAAGAUAUAACUUUCAAGGUUAGUGGCACAGACUUCAGUGUUCGUUAUGACUCGGGAUACACUUGGCAGGGUGAAAGCAGAUCUGUUGGAGUCACAGCUGUCAAGCAAGGGGACAUUAAUAACUUUAAUGCAGAGCUUGGGGGAAAGUUCAACACCAAAGUAGUCCAUGCUGUUACAUCUUUCCAGAAGGGCAGAAUAUCAAGGGGUAAUUUUAGACUUACCACCCCCUGGAAACGAUAUACUGAUAUCGGAGGUUCCUUUGAUCAUACUGGGGAUGAAACCCAUUUCACGACCAAUGCUAGAUUCAACAUUCGGGAUAACAUGGAGUACGAAGCAAGAAUUGAAAACCUGAAACAAGGUAAAAGGAGGAUUGAAACUACCGUUGAACUAAAGACACCUCACAAGGGCCAUGAAGAUUACAAAUUAACAUAUAUGCAUAGCUUAAGGAAAGACAGACUGAUAGCGGAGGCAGAGGUUUACCGUAACAGACGCAGUGCCUACUCCGCUGAUGUGAAUGUAGCCUACACUGUCCCGUUCACUGGCACGCUGAACAUCAUCACUCCCCAUGAAGGAUACAGAAAUAUCAAAGCAUCUGGAAACUAUGAGAAGAGAAACAGCCGUCACACAUUCUCUGCCACUGCUAAUGUUGGCAAGCAUGGUGCUAUCACUGCAGAGUCAACUGUUGAUACCAGUGGCGCCCCUUAUAGAGGCAGCGCUACGGUGAAUACUCCUUUCACAGGAUAUGAACAAAUAACAGUGCUCUUCACACAUCGGGGAAAACAUAUCCGUGACUUUAAAACAACAUUGACAGCAAAUCUUCCCCAAAUGGAAACAAUAACUGGUGAAUUGUCGAGCGUCUUCCGUACUGGAAGGGAUUAUAAUGGGUUGUUCACAAUGUCAAGCGGCUUGAAGAACAUGGAAAAGAUAAGAAUAUUGUUAAGAGGCUUAAGGACAGAAGAGUUGUCCGAGCUCCGUUCUGAAGUUGGUUGGCAAGAAAACAAAGUUAUCACCACUUCUUCAACAUUCCGCUUUGUAAACAAUAUGAAUGGGGUGGACCUAGCUACUGGAACAUCCAUCACAACUCCAUUUAGCCAACUUGCCACUGCUAACUUCAAGUUGGAUCACAUGCACAAUUCUGAAAAGCUUGCUGAGAGGAUCGCUUUUGACUACAACGGAAAAUCUUAUCUGGAUGCAGACAUGGACUAUACUCAUGGGCGUCGACAUGAGUGUUCUGUCAAUGUAAGAACACCUCAGCCCAUGUCAAUGAGAGUUGAUGGUCAGUAUGAGAGGAACCAGUUUAGCACAGAUCUCUUCCUUAAUUGGAACCAAGAUGAGCUUGAGAGUAACGUCAAGUUUGAGACAGUCUACAAUGAUAGAACUGUCAGUUCUAACGUGGACACCGACUUGAAAUUCAUGAUUAUCCACCCAGUGAGAACAAUGGGAAUUGAGACUGUGGUAAAGAGACUCCCUAUGCAAAUGCAAAACAAAGCCCUCAUUACCUGGGACCAAAAGAAUGGCAACACAUUUGCUUAUGAUGUGCAAUGGAAUGACCGAAAUAGCCGAUAUCGACAAGCGCGUGAUGGCAGUGUCCAGGUUGUAGUCCCAACAAGAAGUGUGAAAGUACGUGGAUCCUAUGUUAACAGUACGUCUGGGAAGAGCUUAGAUGCCACAGUGAUGUGGGAUUCAGAGAGAGACCAGACUAAGCAAGUGGCUGUCAAGUUGGACAUGGAUCAGAGGAGCACUUCUGUUAAGAGGUCUGUCCUGGUCCAUCUGCCAUCAAUUAAAAAGGACUACAAACUGGAAACAUCCAUGAUCAGAAACCAAGGCAACGUUCUCGUAGACGGAACAACCGUAUUCACCUAUUCUCCUGAUCCACGUAAGGCCUUAACUCUUACCACAAAGCUGGAGAAUCUGGGACGCAGUGGUUACAACAACUACACCGUGUCUGUAGGCAUCAAUCACCCGUCGACAUACACCAACCUGCUACUGAACACACACAUGGGCAAGACCUCCACGACCUGUUCGAGUGGUCUCCUCCUUUCUUAUGAAGCCCGGAACAGAGAGAAGAAGUACUUCGUCCUCAGGGGUGAUGUAAACCACAAAAUGAACAAAAUGAAUAUUGAGGCGAGUUCCCCCCUGAAACAUGUUGUUCUGAGUGGCUGGUUGUAUAAGGGCAUUGAGUACCACUUUGGACUCACUAAUACCUACGACCACAACAAGGUCGUCAACACAGAGAUCAUGGUCGACACUGGCAAAAAAACACUCAACUUUGACUUCGCCUACAACUCUGAGGAUCCUAAUGACAGCAUCCACCUGUCGGCCGGCUACGUGAACGACACAGCCGUCCAAGCUGAAAUCUACAGAAAGGUCAACCAACAGCGUGUUCCAGAAAGUUGGGUAGCCGUGCGUCUCAACUCGUCGCAUAUCCUGCACACUCGCGUCACCUGGCGUCCUAACUCUCUCGUGGAGCUGCAGCGGUUUGUGUCGUCCAAGGUCAUGGUGUACAGCUAUGUGAUGAAUGAAGCCGCGAGUGAGGUGUCUCAGGCUAUGGGACAGGAGGUGACGGCCAAAUACAACAGAAUCGCCAACGAAAUCUUCAAUGAAAUGGAGCCAGUCUUUACUCUUCUGGAGACGGAAAUGGCGAAUGCCAAGGUUAAUUUGGACAUAGUCCGACGUGAAGUGCGCAGAGCCUACAGACGGAACGACUUGUUUAUCAAGGACAUGGGCGAUGCUGUCAAUGGCGCUUUCAACCAGAUGUUUGGCGGAUUUGGCAACUUUGUUGACGAAUUUGAAAGGUUCUAUGUGACGACUGAAAGGACCUUAACACAAUUGCUUCACACUCUUAAGAACUACCCGAUCACUCAGAAAUAUAUGCAGUUUGUAGAUCAGCUCAUCAGUGAUAUCAAGAAAUUCCGCCAGACGAGUACUGCCAAGUUCCAGAUGUGGACAUACCAGAUGGACAAGGCAUCUGACCAGCUGUACAGGUCCUACCUUACAAACACACGUUCUCUGCAAAGGAGGAUGAAAGGUUUUGUGGCCACUGUCAUGGAGCAUCCAAAGGUGAAAGACAUCCGGGCAACCUACGCCAACCUGAAGUCUCGCGUUGCUAGCCUACCGGAAGUGGACUACAAACAAUAUGGAGAAAUCAUAGAUCGAGCCAUACAGAAUGCCCUGGAUUCCCUUGAGCUGGGAGACAAGUACAAGGUGAUGAAGACAAAGGCGAAGGAAGCGUUUGAAUCCCUUAACAUCCACCAAGACCUGAAACGGGCAUAUGGUAUUGGAAACGAAAUCAACCAACAGCUGGUGUGGGCCUACAAAUACUGGGACUUGGAUUCCAAUCUCCGUCUCACCAUGCUCAGGCUGUACGAGGCAUCACGCGACAUGAUUUUCAUGGAACUGAACAAACUGAAGGACAGUCUGGUGGACCUUGACAAGUCCAGGGUUAUUGUGUAUGAUCCGCUGAAUGGAGAGCUGCAGGUGGAACUAUAUCUGCCGAUUCCUCUCAAGUCUCUGGCAGAAGCACCGGACUUCAACAUCCGCCGUUACGUCCACAAGAUGAAGACCUUUGUCAACAGAUACAUCCCUGGCAGCAACUACUCCGUGUGGGACACCUACUACAAGUUUGUGCCUUCGCUGGACUCAUCAACAUGGAUGCCACCUUAUAAAGCCUAUGCUGCGGUCGUGGGUAACCAACACUUCAUUACAUUUGACAAGAAGCACUUUGAUUUUGCUGGACGCUGCAGCUACGUGCUGACCCGUGACAUGGUCAACGACACUUUCACUGUAGUCCUCAACUACGACAACAACAUGCGUGCGCCAAAGAAGAAGUCACUGCUUGUCAUGUUGAGCGGCGUCAACAUAGAGAUCGCCACAGACUACAAGGUGUUGGUGAAUGACCGGCCGGUGGAGUUGCCCUUCACACAGGGCAAGGUGGAGGCCAUCAGGGAGAACUAUCACAUCACCAUCGACGAUGGUACUGGCCUGACUGUGGAGGUAGAUCCAGUUAACGACAUCUACACCAUCGGACUGAGCGGCUGGUACCACGGUAGGGUGGCCGGACUGCUGGGAACAUUCGACAACGAGGGCAGUAAUGACAUGCUCGCCAUCAAUCGACAGAAACUGACUGAUGUCACUGACUUCGCAAACUCUUGGGAGGUUGGUCGCCGAUCAUGCAGAGCCUCCAACAAAGCCAUCGACAUCAGCAUGGUCGACGUGGACUCCGUCUACCCAGAGUGUGCUGCACACUUCAAGACUCAGGCAUCACCGUUUAGACCCUGUUUCUCUGUGGUACCUGCUGAAGAGUUCCUCCAGACGUGUGUAGGCUACGUCCAGACCGGAGCCACACCAACCAAUGCCAGCUGCAGGACAGCAGCACAGUACACUCAUCUGUGCAGAACCCACGGCGUCUACCUCAGUGUACCCACGAACUGUGUAAGCUGUGCCCUGACCAGCGACCUGACCUCCAUCACCAGCGGUAUGUCCGUGCAGCUGACCGCUGGAGACCAGGAGGCGCCACUGCCGUCGUCCGCAGACGUGGUAUUGGUUCUUGAAGAGAAGAGUACACAGAAGUUAACAGCAACAACACUUGGAGAUCUCGUUACUGACGUGGACUCCGCACUCAGGACUGUUGGUAUCAGUGAAAACAAAUAUGGCUUGGUUGGUUACGGAGGUCCCGGUCGUCUAGUGACAGAGCAUAGUCGAACAUUUGACGGUCAGCUCUUCAGCAAGUCCAAGGGAUUCAUAAAAGGCGUUGAAGGUAUCGUGUACUCUGAGAACAAGGCUUCAGGGGACGGUCUGGCCGCCAUUCGACUUGCCACCAACUACCCCUUCAGGACAGGAGUGGCCAAGGUCAUCCUGUUCAUCCCAGCCUCAGACUGUGAGGCCACUGAAGCCCACGUUGACAUGGACGGGAUACUGAAAGCUCAUGGUUUCGUCAUGCAUGUACUCCGCAGCAAGCCAGUGGACAUCAGAGACAACAGGCCUGUCAGAAAUGUUCAGAUAUAUGGCAUGGAUCAAGCACAGAUUUUCACCAUGAGGUCUCGCAGAACACGCAAUGAAGAUCUGUUCAAGAAGCUGGUCCAGCCAGGGGACAGGUGUUCUCAGCUUGCCCUCAAUUCUAACGGUUCAGUCUUCGACUCCACCCACUUGCAAGGUGGCAGCUCCAAGAUCAAGAGAGAAUUUGUCAAGAAGUUUGCCUCCCGUGUCGCCAAGACAGCAGCACCGCCACAGUGUCAAACAUGCAAGUGUGAACAGGAUGCAGCAGGGAUGGGCAAAACCGUCUGUAAACCAUGCGACCAGGCGUCUUUCUUGUGGAAGUACAUGCCCGACUGGUGGAGUAGCAACAGAACACCCGUGGUGGGAGAUGUCUUAACAGAACAACUGAAGGAAUACCUUGGGUCAUUCCGGCGUCAGGUGUCACUAGCAGCCUGAUGUGGUCGCGCGAGUUAGGGAAGGUCAUCUCUCCUCGUGUUACACUACUUCAGAUAUGCCACACCUGUCCCUAUAGUUUCCUCUUUGUCUACAUCAGUAUGUCACCUGUGUGUAUGACGCGGUACACUACCACAGUCUAACUCUGCUCAGAUCACCAUAGAUCCUGGCACCAGGAGGGACGUCGUCUUCAACGUUGUGUUCACUAGGAUGUUUAUAUUCGUUGUUUAUCGUCAUAAUCUUUCACUCCUUCAUCAUGCCACAAUCAAAUCAAUAAUCAGAGACAGAACUAUAAUCCAUUACCUCUAUUUAUUAGACAGAUAAAUAUGUUCUGUAGUUUUUGUUAGUUUUUAGCAAAACACCAAUUUUGACCCCACAGUGGCUCAGUGUUCAGCGUAUCACCAGUGUUUGGGGCAAUAUUCGCAUUUUUAAUUUUGCACGGUUUGAAAAAAACAGUUUGUGUUCAAUGUUGUAACUUUGUACUUCUACAUACCUGGAUGAGUCACAGUGAUCCGUCAAAGUGCCAAAGUUGUAAAUAAAUCGUUUUCUAUUGUACAUAAGUCUUUUGUAUUUAUUUCUUCCUGAAUAAAAAUGUUUAGCAUUUUCAUAAA